UUACACUUGGCACAAUGCAGUCAGGCAAGUACCGUGCUCCUGGCAACCUGCAAACCCACCCAGUCUCCACUGCUCUAGAGUCCAGUGGUGGCGUGCUUUACACUACAGCAUCCGAUGUCUUGCAUUGCACUUGGUGCACUUGGUGGCUGAGUUGCUGUUGUUCCCAGUUGCUUCCACUUUGUUAUAAUCCCACUAACAGUUGAGCGUGGAAUAUUUAGUAGCCAGGAAAUGUCACGGAUGGACUUAUUGCACAGGUGACAACCUAUCACGGGACCACGCUUGGAGUCACUGAGCUCCUGAGAGCGACCCAUUCUUUCACCAAUGUUUGUAGAAGCAGUCUACAUGCCUAG